AUGGCGCACUGGUGGCGACGCGACGAGCUGCAGGCGCUACUGCAGGCGUGGGAGCAGACGCUUGACCCGCCUCGCGACCGUGACGAGCUCACGGAGCUGGAGCUACAGCGUCUGUAUGCAAAGUUUGACGCGUUGCGGCCGCGUGACGGCGCGUCAGUGCCCGCCCAAGAGGUGGAAACACAACGUCAGCGUUUGGUGCGAACCUUCCUGUUCCUACGCGCGUUCAACGGCGAGAGUACGCGCGCUGGACGCCCCACCUGGUUCCAACUACGGACGCAGCAACAGGAUAGUCUACGUCGUAUGAACGGCCGACUGGGGGAGCUGGCAACCGAACGCCCCAUGGUGGACGAGAUGAAGGCGGCAGCUGAGGCACUCGCGGGUUUGCCCAUGUUCCGUCCGAACGAGACGCCACAGCUGUCACCCUUGUUGUCACCCACAGACACGGACACGGACUACACGCCACCCAAAGCUAAGGGCAAGAGUAAGGUCAAGAUGACGUCCAAAUGGUCGAAACGAGACGAGCAGCGACUCUUGUCGGCGUGGCACGAGGUGGUCACGAUACUGGCGGACAAUGGGUACGCCGGGUCUUUCGCUUCCCGGAACGAGGGGCUCCGGUUAAACUCUCUGAUCCACCAACGGUAUGCCGAGCUGUGCGGCGACAACAGUACUCCCCGUACGAACCAGUCCACAGGUGCUAAGAAACAUGCCAUCGUGAUGGCGUUCCGAGCUCUACGGAAUGUCCUCCGCACAUUGGCGUCGCAGAGUGAUCGUCCGAAUUGGUUCGGAAUGACCCCUGCGGAACGGAUGGACUUACAGAAAAGAUUCGGACACCAUAACGAACAGGCUGUCUUCAUUGAGAAGGAAAUGUACCAGCGACUCGUCCAGAUUGACAAGGCACAGCAGAUCGUGCUAACUCCGACUGCGGAUGCACCACGCGCGCCUGCAACACUGGACGAACUUCUCGGACGGACAAAAAUGGGGAUUCGAAAGAAAAUGGGAAGGAAACCCACUAAGGACAAAUACUCGUCGGGCCCGCCCAAAGGCUUCGUUAUUGCAGAGAAAUCGUCCGAAGAAUCGGAAGAGGAAUCGUCGGAUGACGCCGCGUCAAUCCGGAAUGAAAGAUCCGAAAAUUUAAGCCGAAGUGCAAAUUCUCAGCCUCGUGAUGCCAAGUGGAUGACGCGAUUGUUGGAUACUCAGACGCAGCGGUUUGAGGCAUUGCUCACCGAGUUCCAGGAGGAAAGGCGACAAGAACGUCAACACAACGUGGAGAUUAUCCUCGAAGCGCUGAAGCUGCGCAGUGCGUCCGCUCAGAAAGCGGAUCAGCCGUCACCGUUCGUCGAAGCGUUGGUGGAGAAGCAACGUCAGCAUCUACUCGGUCUGUUUAACCAAUUGCAGGAAGAACGUUCCCAAGAACGCGAGCAAGCGCGCGUGCUGCUGCGAGAGCUAGGGACUUCUCGUCUCGUCCAAGAUCAAGAACACAAAGAUUGA